CACCUACCCAUCAAUCCUUUACCCAUCAAUCAUCUACCCAUAAAUCACCCACAUCAAUCAUCUACCCAUCAAUCCUUUACCCAUCAAUCAUCGACCCAUAAAUCACCCACAUCAAUCAUCUACCCAUAUAUCACCCACCCAGCCAUCCACCCACCCGCACACCCGUGCCUCCUGGCUCCCGCACCUCAACUGUCAACUCCUAAGAACCACCCCUUCUUCUCUUUAUCCUCCGCCUAGUUUCGGCGCCACACCCCUCCUCGUGCCUGCACCCCCGGCCGCCCCCGGCCCCGCCGCCCAAACGACCCCGUGCCUCUGCCAUGCCCGUGGCGGACUCCACCGCGGCCGUUGCCACGCACUACUACAAGGUGGCGCGGCUCCAGCUGGUCUCAUAUUCCAUCUACACCACCACCGACGCGGCGCCCGACCAGGUGCUCCUCGAGUUGGAGCUCCGGAUCCGGCACGACCACCCGCGCGUCCUCGUCACGUACAACAACAAGUGCCUUUAUCACUUCCGGCUCGGCCACUGGCCGGCGGCUAACGACUGCCCCGGUUCUAGCCACAACACCCCCGGUUCUGGCCACAACAACCCCGGUUCCAACAACACCCCCGGUUCUGGCCACAACAACCCCGGUUCUGGCCACAACAACCCCGGUUCCAACAACACCAACGAUCCCGCCGGCCCCGCGGACUUGCCCGCCCGGUACCCGCAGCUCACGCGCAAGCACCAUGCGGUCGUGUCGGCCGAGCAACUCGCCAGCCCCGCGGCCGGGCCGCGGCCCCGCAGCGGCACCCCGGCCGGCGCCCCCGCCGCCGACGAGCACCUCCCCUACGCCAGCCUCCUGUUCGCCAAGGCCGUCAAAAAGCUCCUUGUGUACAACGUGGCGGCCGGCGGCCAGAUGCACAUGUUCGGCAACCACGUGGCCGCGCGCACGGCGCCCGGCCUGGCGCAGUACCGCGUGGUCCAGAUGGACCCGGUGUUGCUUGCCGGCGGCGAGCUCUGGGUGCUGGUCACGCAGCGCGCGCGGCUCCCGCUCUUCGACCUGGGCGUGGUCAGCCUCGACCACGUGACGCCCGGCUUCGCCGCGUGCUUCGCCAUCUACGUGGUGCCCGCGGGCUUGCGCUGCCACCUCUACGACCCGCACAACGUGCGGCGCAGCUUCACGGCCACGCCGCCGCGCUCCGCGCCCACGCUCAUGCGGCUCUUGAAGGCCAGCACGGGCGUGGAAUUGGCCGCCAAGCCGCGCGUGGUGUGGGCCAAGCUCGUGCCCAACCUCCAGCACUUGAACAGCCACACCUCGCCCGUGGCGCGCUUCGUGCAUGACGUGGACAACCGCAAGUACAUCUUGUGGCCCUGGGAGCUCUGCAUGCUCCAGUUCGGCAGCGCGGACGUGCCGCCGCGCCAAACGGCCCGCCCGCCGCCCGACCCAAUGGCGCUCCUCGACGCCUACUGGGCCCACGCGCUCAGCGCCCCGGGCCCGGGCCCGCCCGCGGCCGGUAGCACGCCCACGCGGGGCCUGGCCACCGCCGCGCUGGCGCCCGUCGAGACGGGCGACCCGUUCAGCGUGCCCAGCGGGGCAUCCGGCGCCCAGCCGGGCGUGCUGAGCGCCGGGCACGCCAUGCUGCCCCUGGUCUUUCUGGGGCACGUCUCUGCCGCAGCCCCCUUUGGCGACGCGCCGGACCUGGCCUUCCCGUUUGUGCCGAGUGACGGCGGGAAGAAUGACAUCGACAUCGACAUCGACAACAAAAACGACAUCGACAUCGUCAACGACAACGACAACGACAACGACGCCAACGAUAACAAAAACGACAACAAAAACGACAACGACAACAAAAUCGAAAACAACACAAACACCAACACCAACACCAACGCCAACGACAACAAAAACGACAUCAAAAACGACAACGAUAUCGGCAACAGCGGCAGUGAUGACGAUCUUUUCGGCGCAAGCUCCGACCUGGACGCCCGCGAGCUGCCCGACGGAUCCGCCGGCAGCGCGCCCCCGGGCGAGCCCCUCCCAGCCUCGCAGAAUACGCCGCCUCGUGCAAGCGCGUCGCCCAUGCGGGCAAAAGAGGACUCGCCCAGACCGGCCGGGUCCGCCGCGUACUUGGGCAUCCCCCGGAAUGAGAUGAUCCACGCCGACAUCCGGCAAUUCACCCCCGGCUCGUACGACGACCCGGGCGCGCCGCCGCCGCUCGUGCCGACCCCCGCCGUGGCGCAGCACGGCGUGUUCGGCGGCUUCCCGGGUCUCCUGCCGCUCCACGCGCCGCAGAACACGCAUCUGCAGCCGCCCGCCAGCGCCCACAGGCUGGCCCGCCGCGACCGCCGCCACCUGGACUCCGCCGCGGCAUGGGCUUUCUCACCCAUUGUGUUCAACCCGAAAAUCAAAAACAGCAUCGAUACCAAGUACGGCAAGGGGGGCAAGUUCUAUGUGGACACCGAGGAAUCCUCGGGCCCGGAGCUGGAGCCCCGCAGACCGCGCUUGCGCGAGACCAGCGUCCUGGCGUACGACCUCAAUGUCCUCAAGGACUCUGCCGCCCAUCUCCCGACUCGCGUAUCCGACUCCUCGCUGAGUGCUGCCGAGGGCAAGGAUGGCGACACGGCCACGGGCAGGCGGCCUGCCACGGCAGCGAACUUGCCGCCCGAGCUCGCCUCGAACGUCGACCUCGAUAUGCUCUCGGCCGAAAGCGACCACGACGUCGAUUCCGACGACGACAAUGACGACGGCGCCGACGACGACGAAAUCGAAAGUGACGAGGAUGAGGACGACAGCACUCGCUUGCCCUUCUCUGACCUCAACGGGGCCACUUUGAAACUCAACACUCAUGUGGGUGACUUGUUUGACACGGCGCCCUCGCAGGACGCGAUGCAAGACCCGCAUCCGCCCCCUGAACUGGCCGUGUCUGCGCACUUCCCAUUUUCGGGCGCCAACUCGGUGCUCAUCUCUCCAGGGACAGCCCAGAUAAACCCAUCCAGGACAAAUAAGGACAGCUCCCCGUUCGGGCUUGGUAUAGACACACACGCAGUGUCCCUCUCUCCUUUGCCGGUGUCAGACAUGAAGCCCGAUGUGAACCCAGGCGUGGCCUCAGAGCCUCUGGAUCCGCUGCCCAGCAACAAGGACAUCCUGGUCCCCGAGGCCUCAAACACACCAUCGUCGAGCUCCAGCACGUCCAGCGGCGUCUCCGAAUCCUCAAAUUGCUUGCCCUUGAUUCUUCGCAGUAUAAAUACGCAAAGUAUCCCCAACAUGUUUCUUUUGAAUAAAGUUCCUGGGGCUUGGGGUACUGUCUCCAUGGCUGGCGGCUUUGACAUGGAUGCCGACGACGAAGAAGAUGACAUCGAACACAAAGAUGCAGGGCUCUCAGUGAAAGUCAAGCACAUGGAUGAGUUGUUGAACUGGCUCAUGCCGAAUCUAGUCUUUGACUUGGGGCUAACUGAUUUCGAGCGCCACACCCAGUUGCGGCUCCCUGAUUUUUUCUCGGAAGAAGUUCUAACGGGCCUUACCGAUAGUAGCGCGUCACAGGAGACUGCGAGGAUUUUCAAGGAAACAUUCCCUCAAAGCCAUGUCGUCACUUUGAACGAGCUUCUUGUGACCCCAUCGACAUCUUCAAGUGCCGUGUCCUUGCCCGCCCUGGACUCUAAAGCCCCAUUGCCAUUCUUGGAUGAAAUGACCAUGGACAUGAACGAAGGCUCCCUGAAUUUCGCAUCGCCCUCUGCGGAUGCCUCUCUGCUUUAUUGGGACUCGUUUAUCCCGAAUGCUUCCAUUGGCAGCGGGGUUAGCGGAAGCGAAAAGAGAAGAACAGGAAAGUUCGACGAGAAAUCGGUGGUUGUCUUCGAUGAAGUGAAAGUCCAAGUAUGCAAGAACCAAAAAGAUAUCAUCAACCUCAACAUUCUAGGCACUCGGUUUUGGAAAUACUUCAACUUCAGCCCUAUCAAUGGGCCGAAGAAAUUCCAGGUGUUAAUGCUCACGGAAAAUCAUCUGAGGCAUGACAAACAUUUCUCCAAUACUUGCGGUGACGCAGAAUUUUUGGAUAUGUUAAAAUAUAACUAUAUGGACAUGCGCCUAGGAAGUGUGAAAACUCUCAACUUGCAAACUUUCGAAACAAGACCCGAUCUUGAGGGUAUAAGCAACGGAAUACUUAUGAUCGACAAAGACUUGGGAGAUCGCUCGUACAACGAUUUCUACAAAAGAGCAAACAGAAAAUUGAAGAAUUUAGCAGAGUUGAUCAAAUUGGAUCUCAUCAAUCGAACCAACCGAUUUGAGUUCGAUAGACCGCUUCUUCUUUUAUUCAUUGAUUUUGGCGAAAGCAUCAACUCUGUCCUCCAGAUUGCUAAAAUUUGUCGCAAUUUCAAAGUCAACUUGAACAACCAUCAGCUCUCCUUGGUAGAAGUGUUCGCACAUGUGAUUCCUUCCAGUCAUUUAUUUAAAAAGUCCUCAAGUGGGUGCUAUCUCAAAUACCUCUCUGACAGCAAGCUAGCUAAGAUCUCGACCACUAUAUAUAACAAGUGCCCUAACACACAUCUGGUGGAUCUGAAGCUGCCUGUUCUCGAUCGAGAGGAGCCAAGAAAGCUUUACUCUCAACUUGUUAAAGAUACACCGACCUCUAUCAACUUCAAGUUUCUCAGCAGGCUGGGGAAAGAAAGCUUGAACUCGGAUGGUCAAGACGACAUGUUUCUCCAUGUCGCGUACGAGAGGUCAGUGGACAAAAAUUGGAUAUGUGCAGCAUGGUCUGAUCCCCUUGGAAUUGUGACUCAUAUGCGGUCUUGGUAUUGUCCUCCGUCCGCGAAAGCAGGUUCGGAUAAAGACGUGCACGACUUAGGCUCGAUUAUCUUCAAGAUAUGGGAGAUCUCUAAUAACUUAUUCAAGAAACUCAAUGAGGACAUUCUGCAGCGGAUCUGCGGUUCGAGCAAAAAGAAGUUCUUGGUUCUUGCACGUGUGAGCAGCAUCAUUCCUGACGACGAGCUUUUACAUUGGAAACGGCUUACGGCCAAGUACAAGGACAUAUCACUAAUUGUGCUCACAACAAACCGCUUGCCAAAGUAUUUAUUCAAGUCUGCGUCAAGCAAUGGACAUUCAAUGUUUGAUGAAACUCACAAUGAGACAAAAAUCGUGCUGGAAGCUCAAGGAAAUGUCUCCGAAAAUACUGAAAAAAAGAGUUUCAAAUCAGAGGGCUCGGACUUCAUUCAGUCUUUUGACGCGUUUCCCGCGACUCAUUCCUCGACGUCACCUUUGGGGGGCAUCGCGAUGUCUGCAUCACCAAUGAACAAUGCGCUCACAUUCCACUCUCCGCAGCAGUUUCUCAAUGCUCCCUCCAGUAUCUACUUACCGCCAGAUGGGCGACUGGAAAGUAUGCCAAACGAUGCCGACUGCACGCUCAAAGAUACGAGUUUUGACAUUGUAGGUGUGAUUCCAAGAGUGGCACUUCCGUCUUGCAAUUCUCCAACGCGCUACAGCAUGCGUACUGGGUACUUGGUGAAGGAAUCCUUGGCCCUGAAGAAUUUGGUCGAGAAAGAGUACGUGGUGUUCGAGUUUAGCCUUCUCAGUUGUUCAAAUUACUGGAAUCUAGACAACGCGAUGAAAAUCACACUCAAGCAGUUCAAGAAGCUUGUUAUGCUCAAUGAUAUCCUCGGUGUUUAUGAUAGAGCUGCUGUGUCCAUGGACGACUCGCGUAAGGCACGGCAAGCAGAGCUUCAAACACUAGUGCCGUGGCAUAUUAACGCCGUGGUCAAGGCAUUGGACUAUUUGGUGCACGUUCAUGUGGAAGAGUAGACCAGGUUUUAUGACAAAUUACGGGAACAUGUUGUGAAUGUAAAAGACCGAUCGGAGGGUUUUAUGGGGUAUGGAGCAGGACUGCGGCCCAUUGGGUGACCUUAUGCUUCGAAACCCAAGUUGGUGAGACAAAUUAAUUAUAGAUGGUCCGAUGCUUGGAUGCAGAGCGUCUUGAUAACAUUACUUCUCCUGGCUUCAGUUGCUGAAGCCACGCUGUUAUAUGAAAGAGAGAAUAGACCCAUAUUCAAUUCAGAAUGU